UCCCGAUUCGAUCACAUUUCCAGGACCCUGUCAUUUUAGAGACUUAUGUUAAAUUACACACUCGGAUUCCGUAAUAGUUUCUUGUUUGAAUUUGAAACUUUCCCCGGAGAGUUGAUUCAAGCUGCACUGUUGGUGCCAGGCAGGACCGUCCGUUUACCCAGGGCAGCGAGUCUUUUCUCAUUUUGUUGCCAAGGCUUUGCCUGGAUUUGAGGCAGAUAAAUCAAGCCUUUGCUUGGCUUCCACUUCCAUGCAAAAUCCUGUGCUACUGGCUCCCGAGAGUGGGGGCGUGAGCUUCAUUCUUGUGGUUGUGGUCACUAAUGUAGACUUACUUCUCUUUCACAGACAGCUGAAAGGCUGUGGAGUGCAGGAGUCCUGCUAGUUCAUACAUUCCCAAAACAGAAAUGCAUCUCCCGCAUCCAGCCGGCUAACUGUGAGGUGACUGAACUGAGUAACAACACAGGAUGUCAACAGGACCUGCAGAUUUGUCAAGAUGUCCAUGGCAAUAAUGAUGGAAGAUUUGCAGUUUGUCUCGAAGAGAUAUGCAUCUCCUUUUAUGAUGAGUUUUAAAUUGAUUCAGUCAUAUUUGGCUUGCAGAAUGGUGUUACCGUUCAUCAAGAAUAACUGGCCAUGCCUCUGAAGGAAACUAGAGUAAUUUAGUAUCGAGACGAUAACAAACUCCUGUUUUUUGGUUUUGAUAUCAUGACGGGAGACACACAGCAUGUUUAUGCGAUUAAAGAUUCGGACACUGAUCCCAAACUGCAGCAAAAGGAUGGCGGCUUUGAACAUUUCAGUGAAAAGGAUCGUAGAAAAUUAAACAGCGGUAACACCAGCAGCCCUGAAAGCUGCAAGACUGUGCUGAAUUGCGAUUCCUUGAAUCAUUCUCAUCUGCCCAGAAAGAACAAGGAUAGCCAUAACCAGCGAGAGGCUGUAAUCAGGCCACAGCAGGCUGGACGAAUUGACUUCAAGUCACUUCAGAGCAAGCCAAGGUUUUUGAGUGAACACACAUGGUCUUCAUCCAACAGUUCGAGUGGCAAAAGUAGUUCACAGUCACCUUACGGGAGAAACAAAGGGAAAGAGAAGAACAAAAGAUACGGGAAAGGGCCGCACCAUCUUUAUAAACUGAAUAUUAAUUCCCGAUCCAACCCCACCAUUGGAAUCGCGUACCCACAGCAAAAGAUUACGUCAGCAAAGAAACUAGAAGGAAAACGAGAACUUAUAACAGGGAGCUAUCGUUUCAACGUGCCCAGUAUUCCCGAGAGAGAGGCAGAACUCCAACAAGAGGAUCUCAGCUACAGCAGGCACUAUCAGGAAGACCCUGCAAGCCAUACCUCCACAAGUUAUACCUCAAAUACCACAGUGGUUGCAAAUCAGAACCAAGGAUCCAAAACGCACUCCCAGGGAAAUGUCAACAUUUCCAGAGACAACGCCAACUUCAAUGGCAAAUUGCAAUAUCCAGAAUUCCAUGGCAACAGGAAUAAUUCCAACAUUUCGCCAUUUUCAGUGGAUUGGCAUUCUCCGGAUAAGCCAUUUGCAGGUACUAACUAUGGAAUGUCCCCUCAGAAGCAGAGCACUUUCCCUCUUGUGGCAGAAAGCAGCAAGUCCAACACGCAGGGCUUUAGGUCAAUUCCAUUCCCAUAUCCACUACAACAAUUGCACGAUGUACCUGCUGAUCCAUUCAACAGUGAAGACAGUGGUCAAUGCCACUUUCAGCAAGAAUUCUCAGAUGUUCCAUUGCCUAAUGCCCAGGUAGCACAUAGUGGUUAUGUCUUCCAGCUUACAGGCGAUGGGAAUGAAGACAGUGUGAGGAAUGGGCAAUGCGGCACUUCAUCAGAUGGCAGAAGCUACACACAUUCUUCCCACCAAACUCAGUUUUUGCGUCCAUCCAACCAAGGUACCCCUCAUCGUGUAUCUCACUACAAAGGGAAUCAUCCAAAUGAUAUGAAUGGUGCUAUAUCUUCCAAUGGUGCUUUACCCUCCUCUGGUGCUGUAUCAUCCAAUGCUGUCUCUUCUGUUGGUGCUAAUGAACAAAAUCAGAGUACUUUCCAAGAAAACCAAACCGUUUGUACAUCAGACGCAUUUAAUUUGCACAAUAAUGGUAUUGGAUAUGUGUCUAUGAACAAAAAGUGCUCACCUUUAAAAGGCAACCGAGGCACUGAAAGAACGGACUCUCAGGGUAAGUCCCUGAGAAGGAAUAUAACACAAGGUUCUUUACCGCAGAUGCACUUUCAGGAUAAGGUUUACGACAGUCCUUCCAACGACAGUGUUCCUGACGGUUUAGUAUCUUUUGAUAAAAACAUUUCAAAUAAAAUUCAUAGUCAACCCAGGGUACCGCAGGCUUGGGAAGGAAACAAAAUGUUUUCCACGAAGGACUACAAUACCGCACCUUACACUUCAGUCGCAAACCAAUUUUCAUAUCCAUGUCAAUCUGUGUCCAAUUUGUCCCACGCUGACCAAAAGCAGCCAGCUCCGAGAAAUGGUAAUUCCAGAUUGCCGUGGCAACAAAUCCAGCUUACAUCGGCAAUGCCAAACCAAAAUAGAAUUGAACUUUCAAGGCAACUUACUAGUCAACAGCUGGCCUUUCCUCUCGGAGCCUCCGAGUGGCAAGAAUGUAAGAAAGCACAGAGAAAUCCGCCCGUUUGUAAGCCGGUAACUUUCCGUAACAAACGGCAGGUGAACUGCGAGGAGCUCCAAAACAGUAGGAACAGUGGGAAUGGCCAGAACUGUAACACAACUGACGCUUUUGCAUUCCGAAAUGGUCUAGACAACACCAGUACCUCACUGUGCGAUUCCAGAAAUCCAAACAGAUUCUGUGACCUGAACCCUGUUGUCCCAGCAUCGGCGAGAGGCAGCAGUCAUGGGUCUCUUACAAUAGCCAAAAGUAUAUCAGGCUCUCCGUAUCAGUCUCCACAAUCUUCCCCAACUCUCAACACUGGAUCUACCAGCACAUGUUCCUCUCUUUCUCCAGUGUCCACGGUGUACAGUGCCAACAGCCCUCUGAAUACCAACUCAGAAGAAAGUCAUAUGCCCACCCUAACUAGUGCAUCCAGAUUCUAUCAUCAGCACUGCCACAGCAAAGAAGACAAAAGCUUCACUUCCUCUGAACACAUCAAUGCCAACCUGCUACACCAGCAUCAUGACCCUACCAGAGGAUUCGCAUACUUCUCCACUGAUCAUUCCAGGGGAACUAAAGACAAUUUAUUAUAUAUCCAGGACAACUCAUUCUCACAACAAACUGCUAAAAUCCAUGGGUGUGCAGACGGCUUUGAAACUGAGUCCCAACCCUUCCCAGAACAGUUUUUUGCGAACUCCCUCAGCAGCGCAAACCUUGACCAACUGGACGUGCUGCUUACGUGCAAACAGUGUGAUCAAAAUUUUAACAAUGUUGCUUCGUUUCUCGAUCACCGUCAGUACUGUGGGAUUCAUUCAGGUUCUCACACCGAGCUGCAGGAUCCAACCCGAGCUACAGAGAGCAGGCGGCUCCAUGCGGAGUCAGCUAAAGGAACAGGUCUCCACUCAACCCGGGGUGGAUCUGAUCCACACCAGUCUUUACUUUGCCUAAGCAAGUCCUGUGACCUGUUGCUAGAUGGCGAGGCUGCGUCUGAUCCAAAAGAUGAUCCAUUUAAACUGAAUAUUUUUAGCGGAGCAGGAUCCGGUUCAGUUUUGCUAACAGCCUCUGAUUUAGAGAUUGACGACGCAAAGCUUGAUAGCUUAAUCAAUGAGACUCUGAAUGGUCUCGAUUAUCAGUCUGAUAAUGCUGAAAUUGACAGUAGCUUCAUAGAAGCUUUUGCAGAUGAUGAACUAUCCACGACAAAAAUUGCAGGAAACGGGAUGGCUUUCAAGAUGAAGGACUGCAUGCCGUUAGAAAGCAAAGCUGUUAGCAAACUCACAGAAGCAGAAGAUGACCAAUCCAUACAGAUCAAGACCGUCUAUAAUAAUCGACAGAGUGACAGACAUAGGCAAAGGAAGGAAAAGAGCAGGCAUCAUAACAGGAAAAUUGAGAAAAAAGAUUCAACAACUUCUGUCUUAUCUAAAUCCUAUUGCAGGCGGGUGGAUAAAUACAGUAUUAAAAAAUGUUCUCAUGAGAGUUCUUUUGAUUCCUUAAAAUACACCAAACCCAGUACAAAGCUCAUGAAGCUGAAAGGAGGCAGGAAGCUUGACACCGAUGCUGCACUUCAUCGCAGGAUAAGUGAAGUUUUGUCUCAACCUGCACAAAAUGAGAGAAAAAAGUGUGAAAGAGACAAGCACAAAAACAAUGGCGAUAUCCGGGAUACCAUUCACUCAACCCCUUUAAAAAUCGUCACUGUAAACAGCCACUCCAAAUUACACCGGCCUGCUUUAAGAGAUAUUAAAAAAAGGAAAUCCAGCAACCGAACUUGGAGCAAGGAAUUGAUUCAUAAGAUUGUACAGCAGAAGAACAAACUGCACAAGUUACACGUGAAAAGCAAUAAGAAGUUGCACGUUUCUCUCGUGAACGAGCAGUUACUUUCACACCAACGCAGCAGUAAGUUGGGAGAAUAUGACUAUGUUUCAGAUUCGGACCAAGAAGCAGAACCUCCCGGCAGCAAAUAUCUAACGCCGUGCUUAAAUCAACUAGCCAAGUACAGCAUCACGAGAGAGCACAAAACCAAAUGUGGGAGAAUGGAGGCGGAAGAAUCCUGGAGAUAUAUAAAAAUCAAGAAAACUCCAGAACGUGGCAUAGGAAUCGAGGGACGCAAUCGAGCAAAGAGAUAUCAUAGCAGUCGGCUCAGAAGGAGAAGGAGCCAAUCUUCCACCAGCAGUGAAUACAGCAACAUUACCAGUAGUUCAAGUGAAAAUACCAACAGCCCAAAUAGUGUAGAACGGACAGACUCAGAUAAUGAGAAAGAGAAAAAUACCGUAGAGAGUAAGCAUUCUACUUUUAUUUCAAUUACUGAUCGUACGUAUAAGGCUGAGUGCAUUGGACCAGAUCCUCUGAUUGAUGAAUCAGCUAGAACUUCAAAAGAGAGUUCUAUGAACCAAGCAGUUUUUUCAAGAACCACAAAAGAAUUUGGUUCAGCAAAAUGUUUAUUUUCAGGAAGAGGGUCCCAGAGUACCAGUCACACCAUGACACAUUUAUAUGACCACGGUGGGUCACACAAAAUGGAGAUUGAGGAGCAAUGCAUUGUACAUUCAAACCCAAGUCAUGUUGAGCUUAGUUAUAACGAAAAGAGACCACAGACCAGUGAGUCUUUUGAGAAAGAUCUUGCCACGACAAGUAAUGAAUCUGUAGCACCGAAUACUGAAUUAACUUUUGAUCAAAGAGAUAUACAAAAAUGUUCUUCUUGUGAAGAUAGCAUUGUUGAAUAUUCUACUGCCGGUAUAAAUCAAAAUAAUUUAACACAUACCACAGAGCUGACUGCAGACAUGAAAGAUGAAUUAGUAGAUGCAAGCAACAAAAUGAAAGACAGUCUUGCUGGAUCGACUGGUGCCUAUAAGACAAAUGUUGGAUGUUUUCAUGAUAAUUCAUCUGCAUUUAAUAUUCAAGUGUAUGAUGAUGCAGCUCAGAACACCAUGAACAGAAUGUACAGUGGGCAUAAAGAUUUAGAAAAACAGCAAACUGUUGCUUUCUCAGAAUCUCUGGCUCGUAGUUCCUCACAUCUGGAAGAUAUUUUUUUCUGUCAGAAUGAGAGCAGUGGCAAUUAUUUACAGAAGGAUCACAUAAAAAGGUUCAUAAAUGCAUAUCCAAGUGAAAAAUGCCCAGCCAAAAUGAAGUCUCCAGUAUCUUUUCAUACCCCAGGAAUAUUUGGUGACAUUCCCAUAUCAAAUUUUAAUAGUCAGCUAUACACAGACACUUUGGUCAACAAGGAAAACUAUUAUCCAUUUUCUUGUAAUGGUGAUAAAGAAGGCGGCGGGGCAGCUUUUCAGUUGCAAUAUCCAUCAUUUCUGGAGCAGAAGGAUUGGAAUUUGCUGCCAGACAUGUCCACAAUUUUGCCGGAGGACAUCACACAUUUCCAAGAUCUCUCCGUGCAGUCAGCGCAAAUUAAGAAAAUUUCCCCGACAACGGGAUCAUCCCCUGUUACUACACCGCCCCUUCUGCCCGAAAGGCUAGAUGACCAAAAUGGUUCCUUCGUCGUACCCUUAUCAGAUGAUGAUCUGGAAAUUAAAAGGUUGGUGACAGAGCUAGAAAAUCAACUGCAGGCUCCUCAAAGAAAUAAUGAAACUCCUGUUGCCCAAGACGGUACUGGGGAAUAUAUGAAUGCAAGUUUAAAGAAUCAAACUAGUCCACCUUCAUCCCUGUGUCUAGAGCAAGAUAAAUGUAAUAGGCAGACUGUACAUGCUCCAAAUCAUCCGUUUAGCAAUGGAAAUAUGUAUAUGCAUUGUAAGGGCACAGUUUUGAAUUCCCCUAAAGUUGAACGCCCCAGUUCCGUUGGGAUUAUUGAAGAUAAUGAAGACAUGUGGACUUGUCCCUUCCAGCUUGUGCCAUUAGAUGACUUCCAAACACCUGACAAAGUCCAUGCCAACCCAAGAUCUCCAGAUAAAGAUAAUCAAUCCCAUUAUCCAAUCCAUCCUGAGGAGCCAGGAAACAGAAAAGACGAUGAAACCAAACACAGUGCCGAAGAAGAAAGCGGAGUUUCCCCUGGGAGUUACUCGGAGAAAACGGAGGAAAAAUUGGAGAACCAGUACUACACAGAAAAUCUAAUUGCAAAUCUUGCAAUCAUGUCAGAUACUGUACUAGGCAAAAGCUCAUUGCAACAGAGUACAGACGGAGAGCAGGAAUGUCAAACUGUGAGCGAGAGUAAAAGCUCUUCUGGCAGUACAGAUCAUGAGAAACCAUUUAACCUGUCUCCUCAGUAUAGAUCUACUGAAUGUCAUGUUGCAGAGAAGCAAUCAGAAGCUGAAUGCGAGGACGUUUUGUUCAGCUUUGAAAACCCAGCAGCCUCACCUUGUGUGAAUACAGUUGCCAGCGAUACAGAAAAUGAUUUCAGUGUCACAGCCGUUGAUCAUUCACAGGAGGAACAAUAUGUAAACCAUCAACAGCAAAACACAUCUGACAACCAGUCAAGUGGAAAAAGUGUAAUAUCUGCCUUUCUAUCGGAGUCUGAAGAAGCCGAUCAAUCACUUAUCAUAACAAAUCAAAUCACUACCUCUGACAGAUCACCAGAGACAAAAUAUAAAGAAAGGAUAAAUGAUACCAUCAGUUCUUCAUAUGUUGGAAUAAGUCCGACUGAACAACACAGCAGUGUAAAGAUUGCACCCGAUUCAAAUCCCCUACAGCAACUUCAGCUCUUUGUUGCCCGUACGGCACAAUGCAAUGAAGAAUUAAUGAUGAUCUCUUGUUAUGCAGCCCAACACAUUCCAACAAACCACUCUUUGAAUGGCAGCAUCAAUUCUGAGCGAUCUGAAGCGGUUUUGAACACUGCUCACAAUGUGGAUUCCACCAUUAAUCCGAUGGACAAUAUCUUACAGAGCAUUGGCACAAGUAAAUGCCAAAUUUUGGAUGUUGAUGCAAACACUAGUGCUCAGAAUAUUUUGCCAAAGGUGCCGAAAGAUAUUGCUGAAACUGUGACUGAAAAUACCGAAGACAAUUCUGGUGCAUGGGAGCCUGAAGACUGCAGUCGAAGUGACAAUAGUGAAGAGCAGCCUGAGAUUUCAGUUCAGAUUUUAACAUCGCAGAUCCCUUUAACCAACCAUUUAACGAAAACUCCACAUUCCCAAGAAGGUGUUAUUGACAGUUCGGAGUUCGAGGGAAACCCAUGCAGCUUGUUUUCAUUGAAUGGGACGAAUGUAAAUCCACCAACACUUGAGGAAAAAGAUUUGAUUCAAAUUGCAGACCAUUCUCAAAAUUCCACUCAAAACUCUGUGUCAUUUUUUUUUAAUCACCAAGAAAAAGCAGAAGAAAUGGCUUUGGAUAUUUUCAGUGAUGGCGAUGAAACAGAAAAAGCAACCAAGCAGUGUUUGAACGCUUUUGAAGAAACCUUGGAACCCGAGCAGUCAAAUUGUCCUUUGUCACAAUCAUUUCCAUCAACAGAAACUAGCUGUGAUGUAGAACCUCCGGUUAAACACUUAACCGUAAAUGACAUGGCUCAGUCCGAAGCUUCAUCAGAUAUUGCUCACCCAGUGCCUACGUUGGAAUGUCAUGUCGGUACAAGUGAAGAAUCGUCUGUCAUUGAUGAAAAUGUUAAUACCAGCAGAAAUGACCACUCACCUGAGCACGGCUGCUUUGCACAAUCUCCGGAAAUGGGAACCGUAACAUCCUGCACAGAAAGCAUUUCGGAAAAGCAGUCUCUCUCCAUUGCGGAUAAUUACUCCAAUAUCUCACCUGCGCACAUUGAUAAAAGCGACCAGCAAGAGCCAUCCAACAGUUCUAAAGAUGAUUUUAUUCCAAAGAGUGAUGGGUGUAAAGAAUCACUGUUGUUUCUCCAUCUUGACUUCGAUUCUCAAGACGCUGAGAGAGGUGCCCUUGGCUGUAUCGCUAAACCUCAGGAGAAUGUAACAGAGCACGAUCUUGAAUAUAAAGUACCAGAAACACAAAUUCACGAUGGUCACUCUGCUUUAAAAACUGACUCCGGUGCAGAAAACAUUGCUGAUAUCUUGUUGUCUAAAAUAAAUGAAGAAUUGCCCACAAAUAUAACAACUAAUGGAAACGCAGCAAAGGAUUCCAAUGAAAAUACAGAUGACAGUGAGCAUUGGUCAUUUUUGGGAAAAGACAUAAAAGGUAGUGAUCAUAGAUCCUUUGAUCAAACUACAUCAUUGCUUACCGAUAUGCACAUUUGUAUGGAAGCAAAAUCUAAUGAUUGUACUCUUUCUGAGAUGUUGACUAAAUCGCCGCCUUCUCAUCUAGUCGGAGGUGCGGGUCUAGAAAUGAAUCAUUCUUCUGCCCCUUCAAAUGAUUCAGGUGCCGUGGUCGAAAGCUGAGCAUUCCAAGUGCAACUAUGCUGAAG